AUGGUCAGGCUCAGCAUGUGCACGUCAGGAAAGUACAGUUCACGGGGCCCAGCUCUGAUUCCACGGAUGAAGACCAAACACCGCAUCUACUACAUCACCCUGUUCUCUGUGGUGCUGCUGGGACUCAUCGCCACAGGGAUGUUCCAGUUCUGGCCACACUCCAUCGAAUCAACGGCAGACUGGAGCCUGGACCGACGCAGCGUGCACGAUGCACCUCUAGUCCGACUGCCUGUGUCCAACCCUAUUCCUGAGGGGGACCUUAGCUGCCGAAUGCACACUUGUUUUGAUGUGUAUCGAUGUGGCUACAACCCUAAGAAUAGAAUCAAGGUGUACAUCUAUCCUCUGCAGCGUUUUGUGGAUGAGGUAGGAGUGCCCAUCAGCAGCACAGGCCUGUCCCGAGAGUACAAUGACCUGCUCAGUGCCAUCUCCGACAGUGAGUUCUACACUGACGACGUCACCAGGGCAUGCCUGUUCGUCCCCUCUAUCGAUGUGCUCAAUCAGAACUCUCUGCGCAUUCGGGAGACUGCCCAGGCUCUGGCCAUGCUCCCCAGGUGGGAGAAAGGGAUGAACCACCUUCUGUUCAACAUGUUACCUGGAGGACCUCCAGACUACAACACAGCCCUUGAUGUGCCAAGAGACAGGGCUCUGCUUGCAGGGGGAGGCUUCUCCACGUGGACCUACAGGCAGGGUUAUGACGUCAGCAUCCCUGUGUACAGCCCUCUGUCUGCAGAUGUGGAGCUGCCCGAGAGACAGCCUGGGCCCCGGCGCUACUUCAUCCUGUCGUCUCAGACGGCCAUCCACCGUGAGUACCGGGCAGAGCUGGAGAGGCUGAAGGAGGAGAACGGGGAGGCCCUGCUCCUCCUGGACAAGUGCAGCAACCUCUCUCAGGGAGCUGCCUCAGCUAGGAAACGCUGCUACAAGGGCCAGGUGUUCGACUACCCCCAGAUCCUCCAGGUGAGACCCACACAGAGACCCUCUACCGUUCAGACUAGACUAACAUUGGAAAGGAGUCGUGCGUUCUGUGUGGUGCUGCGCGGGGCUCGGCUGGGACAGGCCACCCUCAGUGAUGUGCUGCAGGCUGGCUGUGUCCCUGUCAUCCUAGCAGACUCAUACAUCCUGCCCUUCUCUGAGGUCCUCGACUGGAAGAGGGCAUCCGUGGUCAUUCCAGAGGAGAAGCUCCCAGAGAUGUACACGAUCCUGAAGAGUAUCCCUCACAGGCAGGUGGAGGAGAUGCAAAGACAGUCCCGCUGGUUCUGGGACGCUUACUUCAGCUCCAUGAAGGCCAUCGGCAUGACAACGCUUCAGAUCAUCAAUGACCGCAUCUACCCCUAUGCUGCACGCUCCUACGAACAGUGGAACAACCCCCCUGUGGUGAAGUGGUCGAGUGUGAACAGCCCCCUGUUCCUGCCUCUCAUCCCACCGAGGUCCCCAGGGUUCACUGCUGUGGUGCUGACCUAUGACCGCAUCGAGAGCCUCUUCCGGGUCAUCACUGAGAUCUCCAAGGUUCCCAGCCUGGCCAAGCUACUGGUGGUGUGGAACAACCAGAACAAGAGUCCCCCUGAAGAGUCUCUAUGGCCAAAGAUUGGCGUACCUCUCAAGGUGGUGCGCACCAAAGAGAACAAGCUCAGCAACCGCUUCUUCCCCUACGACGAGAUCGAGACGGAGGCUGUGCUGGCCAUCGAUGACGACAUCAUCAUGCUGACGUCUGACGAACUGCAGUUUGGCUACGAGGUGUGGAGGGAGUUCUCAGACCGGCUGGUGGGGUACCCGGGUCGGCUCCAUCUGUGGGACCACGAGAUGGGGAAGUGGAAGUACGAGUCAGAGUGGACCAACGAAGUAUCCAUGGUUCUGACUGGAGCAGCCUUCUACCACAAGUACUUUAACUACCUGUACACGUACAAGAUGCCAGGAGACAUCAAGAACUGGGUGGACGCCCAUAUGAACUGUGAGGAUAUCGCCAUGAACUUCCUGGUGGCCAACAUCACUGGCAAAGCCCCCAUAAAGGUGACCCCAAGGAAGAAGUUCAAGUGUCCUGAGUGCACAGCCAUUGACGGUCUGUCCCUGGACCAGACACACAUGGUAGAGAGAUCGGAGUGCAUCAACAAGUUUGCGUCGGUGUUUGGCACCAUGCCCCUGAAGGUAGUGGAACACCGUGCAGACCCAGUCCUCUACAAGGACGACUUCCCAGAGAAGCUCAAGAGUUUCCCCAACAUCGGCAGUCUCUGACCGGACAGGGCUGUGGCCCAACAACCCCCAGACACCCAUACAUACCCAGCAUCUAGUUCAGGGGAGACAUAAACUCUUAUAUCUCUGUUAUAUAGAACUAUCUGGAAGGUUGUUGUUGAUCUCUGUAGGGUGGUGUGGGGGUGGGAGCCUGUAUUGUUACCUUUCCUAAAGACUGGUUUGUAGUGGCUGUAAGUCACUCUGGAUAAGAGCGUCUGCUAAAUGACGAAAAUGUAAAAUGUAGUGAAAGAGGUGAGGGGUGUGUGCUCAUUGGUUGACUGGACAGAAUCCACUGCGCUGGAGAUGAAUCCACUGUGCGACUGAGAGAUGACUAAGCUAUGGCCACCAUUACUACUGUAUUAGAGCCAGAGGCCCCGUGGGCUCUUUGGCUGAUCUGGGAUCGGUGUAUAUAAAUCACAGCAGUGCUAGAUUUUAAUGUAGCAUGGUGAGUCAGGAACACUGUCUGCCAAGCACAUGGGGGAGGGGGAUGUGUAAUAUGUUAAAACCCCAUAGAAAUAAUAUAUCCCAUGUAAUUUAUCUGAUGAAUUUUUUUAAUGAUAAAUACAUGAAAAACAAGCUAGUGUUAGAGGGUGCUUCUCGACAAAGAUAAUUUCAUGGCAUGAGCUAUUUAAUGUGGUUAGUGUGAGCACUGCAGAGGUGCAUGGUCAGCUUUCUCUGCAUAGAGGACAUAUUGCGAAUAAUAUGUACACAAUAUAUAUUUAAUGCCAAUUGUUCUACUGCUAACACUUUUCAAAAGAAUGACUGGUAUCUGGACAUUUUAAUUACUUUUUUUAAGUGUUGUGCUGCAUAAUAUCUAAACUAUUGCAGUAACAUCUAGUCUGGUAUAGUAGUGAAGCUACUUUCAUUGAUGUGGUGACAUUGGACUGUCUGCUUCAUGAAGAUGUCUCUUUUUGUUUUAUCCUACUGUUAGAAGUCUGUGUAGGCUUGCUCAUCUCCUAGCGUUUCAAGUUCAAGUCAGCACACACUUUUUAAGACGUCAAUAUUGCCUUUGUUUUAGUUUUUUACAUUCAUAGGAAUUGUUGUUUGUGAUAUGUGUCCCAAAAUAUAUAUAUAUAAUUACUUUGUAAAGAAAUUGACGAAAUACAUGCUAAAUAAAGAUAAUGUUUUUCAUA